UUCAAACAUCGCCCAGCUACCGCUACCGCCGCGAGCUAUGAAUCCUCCGGCGACUCCAGCAUCUUCGUCAUCGGGGGGAAAUCAACAAUCUUCUAUAUACACCCCUGUGGUUGGUACGCCUGAGUAUCACCAGGCGGCCGCAGCUGCGGUGACAGCCAAUGCCGUCUUAUCACAGCAGCAACACCAACAACUACAGCAGGCUGUAUCACCUGCUCCUACCAAUGGCAAGAAACGACGAGCUGCCGGCGUGCCAGGAAGUCGAGGUGUUGCCAACUUGACUCCCGAACAAUUGGCUAAGAAGAGAUCCAAUGAUCGGGAAGCACAACGUGCGAUUCGUGAGCGCACGAAGAACACCAUCGACACACUGGAGAGAAGGAUCAAAGAACUAGAAGGCCAACAACCUUUUCAAGAGUUGCAACGCGUCAUACAAGAACGAGACCGGGCUUUGGCGGAAUGCGAAGACCUUCGUCGGCGCCUGGGAGCGGUCGCAGGCAUCGUGGGCGGUCAACCUCCCGGGUUGAAUGAGCUCGCUAAUCUGACUGCUCAACAAUCACCACUUCCUGCGGUGUCGUCGGAAACGUCGGGAGCACAAACGCAGCAAUCACAGCAAUCACAGCUAUACACACAAACGGUGCCAACUCCCUCAGGGCAUGAUCAACAUCAUCUCCAUCCAGAUUUGCGCUCACCGCGACAGAGUGAUCAGCGUGCGUCACCUGUACAGCAGCUGCAACGUUAUGAUCAGACGCGCUCGCCAUUGCAGGCGAUGAGCUCUCAAGGACAUACUAGCGGAGAGCGCGUCGGUUUGAACUUCCUCUUGGAGUCCACACAGCAAAGAGGUCAGCCGUCACGUACGGGUCGUGAUUCCAGCACCCUCCUCCCGAUCUUGUACAAUCCAUCUGCCGAGUCCUCGCAUCUUCCGAUAUAUGCUCGGCUCCCUAAGACAGGGCCUGCAUCAUGUCUACUUGACGAUCUUCUCAACAAUUUCCGCGAUGACCGGCGCAAGAUGCUUGACACUGGAAUCCCGGUUGCUGAUGCUCUGGGUCCGAAGACUCCUGCAUAUUUUCCAUUCAUGUACCCGCAACACACACUCAGCUUGCGGAUGUCGCCGCAUCCGCUGUCGAAGCUUUUGAUCGAUGUGUUGAGUAAAUUCCCCGACAUUGCGCAGUUGCCGGAGAAAGUUGCGGUGCUCUAUGUCAUGUUUUUAGUGCUGCGCUGGUCCAUUUGCCCAUGCCAGAGCUGCUACGACGCAUUGCCAGAGUUUUCACGGCCUACGACAGAGCAAUUGGAGAAACCACAUCCCACAUGGGUAGACCAUUUGCCUUGGCCAUUCAUGCGCAACCAACUGAUCCGCGCCGAGAAAGAGAUUGACUUCAACGAUUUCUUCGUCCCAUACACCACCACCCUCUCUCUCAACUGGCCCUACUCCUCCGAAAUGAUCCUUGUACAACAGCCACAACAGACCGCAAACAGCAACACCACUCCCUCAAGAACCAAUCGCGCGGAUGAGCCCAACUCGGAAUUCGUCAUCAAUCCGGCGUUCGAACAGCAUUGCCGUACCUUGAGCAAUUGGAGUCUGGGAUCGGCGUUCCCGCAGGCGUUUCCGCAUCUGGUGGAUGAGAGCGUGCGGAUCGAAGGGCAGUGGAAGACGGAGAGGGAGGACCGUUCUGUAUGAAUUAUAAUGUAAUCGGAGGCGGGAAGGGAUGUCACUGUACAGAACGUGCUUUUGAUAUUUUCGUGUAUUAUCAACUUGGAUUCUCACCAAAAAUGCUUCUCUCUCAAUGAGCAGUCGGUCAAGAUUUAAAUUUUGAGCCAA